GUUUCAGCAGAUAUAAAAGAGAUGUUCCAUCAGAUAAUCAUAUGUGAAGCCGAUAGACAUUCUCAACGAUUCCUAUGGCGUACGGAUCCCACGUGUGCGCCAGAGAUAUAUUUAAUGAAUGUAGCUACGUUUGGAGCAACUUGUUCCCCAGCAUCCGCUCAGUAUAUUAAAAAUACAAAUGCGAAGGAGUUCGUCGAUCGCUUUCCACGGGCAGUACAAGGUAUCCUCCAUAAUCAUUACGUCGACGACUUCCUGGACAGUUUCGAGAAUGAAGAAACCGCGGCGCAAGUAUCGGCGGAAGUUAGAAUGAUUCAUAGUCAAGCUGGAUUUCAAUUACGGAACUGGCAGUCAAAUAGUAAAAAUGUUCUAGCACGUCUCGGAGAACCUGCUUCAUCAGGGAGUAAAACGCUGAGCACUGACAAAACGAAGAAUCACGAACGAGUACUGGGCAUGCUUUGGCUGACAGAAGAUGAUGAACUUGGGUAUUCCACUCAUAUGUUAGACGAGAUCGAGAAAUUAAUCAUGGAAGGUGAACGUCCAACCAAACGACAGAUGUUGAAAUGUCUGAUGGGCUUCUUCGAUCCACUGGGGUUGCUGAGUAUGCUAUUGGUCCAUGGCAAAGUGUUACUCCAAGACGUAUGGCGGGCGGGCACUCAAUGGGACCAGAAAGUAGACGGCGACAUUUUUGAGCGUUGGAAUAGAUGGAUCUGUCGUUUGCAGAGUGUCGCUGAUUUUCGUGUCCCACGAUGUUAUUUUCUGGGAGCUACGACUCAGUGUUAUAAUCAGCUCCAACUACACAUAUUUGUGGAUGCAAGUGAGGUUGCCUAUUCUGCACUGGCAUAUUUUCGGAUUAUAAACGAUCAUGGAGUUCCUCAAUGUACUUUAGUAGCUGCGAAGACGAAGGUGGCACCUCUGAAGCAGCUAUCGAUACCACGUCUUGAAUUGCAGGCGGCGGUUCUAGGUACUCGGUUGAUGCUUUUCGUAAUGGAAAGCCAUACAGUCGCUGUAACAAGGAAAUAUCUAUGGAGUGACUCCGCAACAGUACUGGCAUGGAUACGAUCAGAUCAUCGCAGGUAUAAACAAUUUGUGGCCUGCAGAAUAGGAGAGAUUCUGACCGCAUCUAACGUUGACGAAUGGAAAUGGGUGCCUUCAAAACAGAAUCCAGCGGAUCAGGCAACAAAAUGGGGGAAAAGUACUGGUCUAGAUUCUGAGAGUGUUUGGUUCCGUGGGCCUGAAUUCUUGAGACAAUCAGAAACCAACUGGCCGCAGUUUGAAAUCGGGCCAGCAGUUACGGAGGAAGAACUACGUCCUUGCCAUCUUCAUCGAACCAUGAAGACGUGGGAACCAGUGAUCGACUGCCAUCGUUUUUCGAAGUGGGAGCGGUUGUUGAGAAGUACGGCAUACGUUUGGCGCUUCAUUGCCAACCGAAAGCGAGAGCAGAAGAAAUGCGGUAUCCUAUCCAGUGAAGAGCUUCAGAAAGCAGAAAUAACCUUGCUAAGAAUGGCGCAGUGGCAGGUGUUUCCUGAUGAAAUAGCUCUAUUGGAAGAUGGUCAUCAAAGUCAGAAACGGUUAGACGGUAAUAGUAGUAUAUUCCACCUUACACCUUUUUUAGACGAAGCAGGCGUCUUACGAAUGGACGGUCGAAUUGGAGCGGCAAUCCAUGCUCCCGAAGAAAUGAAGUUUCCGGUAAUUUUGCCAAGGAACCACCGAAUCACUUUGCUACUUGUGAACGAAUUCCAUCGAAGAUUCCGACACGCAAACGCAGAAACCGUAGUGAACGAACUUCGUCAACGUUUCUAUAUACCACAAAUAAGGUCAGUCGUGAGGAAGGAAACAAAAAAUUGCCAGUGGUGUAAAAUAAGGAAUGCCACCCCAAGGAUGCCUCGAAUGGCUCCUCUACCAUCCGCUAGAUUGGCUUCAUGUGUUCGACCGUUUACCUACACAGGGUUAGAUUUCUUUGGACCAUUAAUGGUGAAGGUCGGCCGAAGUAGCGUCAAGAGAUGGAUUGCGUUAUUCACCUGUCUCACCGUUCGUGCAGUGCACGUUGAAGUUGCCCACAGCCUUUCUACAGAUUCGUGUGUGAAGUGCGUUCGACGAUUCCUGUGUCGGCGGGGAUUCCCCGCAGAAAUUUACAGUGACAAUGGGACGAACUUCCAAGGAGCGGAACGAAUAUUAAAAGAACAACUCCGAGCAGUGCACGAAGGAUUAGCAGCCACAUUUACCAGUACAACAACCAAGUGGAUAUUCAUUCCACCCGCUGCGCCUCAUAUGGGUGGGGCAUGGGAGAGAAUGGUGAGAUCCGUCAAAACCGCCAUGAUAACUGCUUAUAAUAAUGAUAGAAAACUCGACGAGGAAUCGUUGCAAACAUUCGUGAUUGAAGCUGAGUCCAUAGUAAACAGUCGACCGUUAACAUACUUGCCGUUAGAUUCCGGAGAGAGUGAAGCUCUGACUCCGAAUCAUUUGCUCUUGGGAAGCUCGACUGGUGUACGUCAACCUUCGAUACUGCCGACAGAUUCUGCAGCUGCCAUUAGGAACACAUGGAACCAGAUUCAACAUCAACUGGAUAUUUUUUGGAGAAGGUGGAUUCGGGAGUAUCUUCCCACAUUGACCAAGCGAACUAAAUGGUUCGGAGAUACUAGACCAUUGGCCGUAGGAGAUCUAGUUCUUGUGGUGGAUGAGGCAAAAAGGAAUAGCUGGGAACGUGGGCGUGUGUUGGAGAUUGUAACAGCUAGCGAUGGAAGGGUACGACAGGCUACAAUCCAAACAUUGAGAGGGCUCUUGAGAAGACCAGUGUCCAAGCUUGCGGUUCUAGAUGUUGCAUGAGGUAAAACUGCACCAGUGAGCAGUGUUACGGGGGGGAGGAUGUUGCCACUGGGAGCACUGUUUGGGAAACGAGCGAAAAAGCUCAGCAUGGAAAGCUCGAGAACCGAGAACUGUCAGCGGGACACAAACAGAAAACAAAGCGAAGGUGUAUAGCAGAAUAGCGGAGAAAUUAUUAGAUUAUUUGGAAAGUAUAGUAGAAUAGUUAGUAGAGAUUGAAAUUGAUUUGAUUAGAUAGGGAUUAUUGAGUGACUGGCACAGAUUGUCAGCCGAAGCAUUGCCGUCACGUAUUUGAAUUCAAAGAUAGAAGACCGAAAAAUUUUAAAGCUGCUUCGCAACCACAAAAAGAGUUUUUAACUCGCACUGCGAUCAGCUCGGAAAAUCGGCCAUUGUUCUCGCUAACA